GGCAUCAACUUCUACGACAACGCCGAGGUGUAUGGCAACAGCCAAGCCGAGAAGAUCAUGGGCACGGCCAUUCAACGCGGAAUCACCGAUGGAGUCUGGAGUCGCGAAGACCUCGUGGUCACCACCAAGCUGUUCAUGGGCGCCAAGGGGUGGGAGGAGUCCGGUCCCAACGCCCAGGGCAUCAGCCGCAAGCACAUCGUCGAGGGCUCUAAGGCUUCGCUGCGCCGCAUGCAGCUGAACUACGUCGACGUCAUCUUCUGCCACCGACCCGAGCCGUACACACCCAUUGAGGAGACCGUGCGCGCUAUGAACUACGUGAUCGAGCAGGGGUGGGCCUUCUACUGGGGAACCAGCGAGUGGAAUGCGUCUGACAUCGUGGAAGCGUGCGACGUGGCCGAUCGUCUCGGCUUGAUCCGCCCCAUCGUGGAGCAGGCCCAGUACAGCCUGAUGGAGCGCUCCAAGGUGGAGUUCGAGUUCGCGCCGCUGUACAAGAAGUACAAGCUGGGCCUGACGACGUGGGCUCCGCUCGCCAACGGCAUCCUCACGGGCAAAUACAGCGGCGGCGUGGCUGAAAGCACACGCUUCGCCGAUCCCUUCUUCAAGACCCUGUUCGGUGCUACGUUCGACGAGCGCGUGGCGAAGGCCGACAAGCUCAAGACCAUUGCGGACGAGCUGGGGUGUUCGCUGGCGCAGCUCGCUGUGGCCUGGUGCAUCUCCAACGAGAACGUGUCGACUGUGCUGGUGGGCGCCAGCCGUCCGUCGCAGCUCGAGGAAAACCUGAAGGCUAUUGCGUUCGUGGAGAAGCUGACCCCGGAGGUGAAGGCGCGCAUUGAAGAGAUCGCAGCGUUGGUUCCGCAGAUGCCUCAA